CCGCCCAUAAUAUCUCCGGUCCGCUGUGAAAAGUGACGCAAAUGAGUCGCGCCGGAAAAAAAAAAACUGUACGAGUUCUGAGUAAACCUUGGAGCCUCAUGACUGAUCAAAUUCAGAGCUCUGGGCAGUGCGAACUGACCACUCCCGAGCCCGAACAGAAUUUAGAAAAUGGAUGCGAGGAAGACGUCGGCGCCUGCAACGAGGCAGGUGAAGCUCAGCGCUAUAUGGAUCACAUGUGGCGCUCGGCAGGCUGUGACAUUCGGCAGCCGGUUGAGGAGGAAGAAUUCUGGUCCAAGCCUCAGCCUGUUCUGCCAUCCUCCUUCCCCCGGUCCCCUGUGGACGGAGCUCCAGGUCAUGUAGGCCUUCUCUCCCUACCCUGGGAGCUCCUCCUUGAGAUUAUCUCCUACCUGCCAGCUCGUUUCAUCCUGACUGUGCUUCCCCAGGUGUGCCGGACACUACAAGCUCUCGUAUCGGAUCGAGUUACCUGGAGGCUUCGUGCACAAAAACAGCUGAUGGCCGCCUUCCCACUUACCGAGGACGAGGAUUUUGAUUGGCCUAAAGCUUGCAGCGAAUUAGAAGAACAUCUGUCUCACUGGUCAGAUGGCAAGGCGGAGCAUUUCUCGUUGGUGGAUGGACACUUUGCCACUGUUGACACCGUACUGCUGCUGGAGGGAGGCAAUCUUUGUGUUUCAGGGUCACGGGACCGUAACGUCCGGAUGUGGGACCUAAAAAAUCUUGGGCAGCCCUCCAGUGAGGUUUUGCUUGGGACACUUGGGAAGGAACGCAGUGGAACCCACAAAGGAUGGGUUUGGUGUCUUGCAUCCCGGGGAAACCAGCUGUGCUCCGGAUCUUUUGACAGUACCAUCAAACUGUGGGACAUGGGCUCUUCGGGGGCUCUCAUCACAGAAGUCACGGGCAAAGCGGCUGUUUUGUGCCUGUUUUGUCUCCCAGAUGUUCUGGUUGCUGGUUCCUAUGACAAGAAGGUCACUGUGUAUGACCCAAGAGCUGCUAACCCCUUGGUGAAAAGUCUUAGGCUGCACAAUAAAGCUGUGUUAUGUUUAGCUGCUGAUGACCAAUACAUAAUCUCAGGAAGUGACGAUCAUACAGUUGUGGUGUUUGACAGGAGAGCUGGGAAGGUCCUUCAGAAGAUGCAGCUGAGUUCCUACCUGCUGUCCUUUUCCUACCAGUAUCCACAGCUGUGGGCAGGUGACAACCAAGGAAUGCUGCAUACGUACGAGUGCCAGGCAGGGCUUUUCCAACCCAUUAAGAAGUUCAACGUGGGUCACAGUUCCCUGAUCACAGGAAUCCACCAUACUCUGAGCUCGCUGUACACGUGCUCCACGGACCGGACCAUCAAAGUGCAUGUGCCAUCAGUUCCACCUAAGACUUUGUGCACUCUGCAUCACUGGGAAGUUGUCAAUGGGCUUAGCGUUUCUGGAGAUAUUCUGGCCGCCGCCUCUGGAGACAUGUCUGUCGAAGUGUGGAGGAUGACGACAUGAAGGAAACUUUCACGACAUUACACUACAGCAGUACCUGUGCUCAAUAUUUCCCAAGAGUCCCUCCUUUUGGGGUAGAGGCGAAAGUGACAAAGCCAUGCUGGAACUUCUAGUGUGGUGGUCCCAGUGCGAUGGAGUCAGGGUUUAUGGCCCUGGCCUCACGUCAAUAGUGGUUACCCACCCCCA